GGGGUUUGGGGGGAGGGUUUAUGAUGGCUCUGCCGCAGCCAGAGCUGGUGUUGAUGUUGUUGUCGUCUUUGUUGUAGAAUGGAGUGCGCGUACCGACCACGGUGGCUGUGCGUUCCGCCAUUGUUGCACCUUUUCAUGGAUCGUCCUGUAGAGCCCAUCAUCUGCGAAAAGGGGCGGAGGUGAAUGCUGGCUUGUCGGAUUGCUCCCUCCCUCCCCCCGCAUCUCCCUUUGUCAUGUUUGCCUGAGUUUUUUGCACUCCUACCUGACGGGGAAUGUUGCGAAGCCAUGGGCUUGCGACUUUUCGGUUUGAGGUCUGGGAAGUGUGCGAGCUGAGUGUUGGAGUUAUCAUUGGGUUUCUUCAGCUGCGCUCAUUGUGCACAAUUUUCUGGGUUACUUGCGACCUGGGAGAUUGUGGGGUUUUUGGAUGCCUUGGGAUUCGAGGGCCCGAUUAGGCAGAGUGGCGGGCUGGAAGUCUUCACCCCUGGUCUUCGUGUUUUCAUUAGGUUUUGGAUUGUGCGGCUUCCGUAUGCCGUGCUUUUGUAGGGGCUUCCUUAGUUUUGUGAUUCUUGCCUCUGUUAUUGGGUUCUCUGGCACGCAAUUUCGUAAGCAGUGGAGUGCCAUCAGCGGCAUCUUUCUCAUUCUGAGUUAUUGAUAGCAUGUGCUGUGAUCGCUCUCAUCUUCGAAGCUCCCCUUCUGAUAUAGAAUUUACUGGUCGAUGCCGUGCGUUGCAAGUCUUGUCAGCGUUUCGUGUUCUCCGUGCUCUGGGGUUUGCAUUCAACGGGGCUACCCGAUCUUUGAGGAAGGGGAUCCUGAACACGACAGUGGCCGAAAGUAUGUUCCGACACUACUCAUAGCUCUAGCGUGUCAACAUGCACUUAGCUAUCUAUUAUUGAGCUGUCAUUCAGACCAAAAUUUUCUUGUUAAUUUUCUGUCGCUAUCAGCUCCGCUCACACUUCACUUUGAGUAAAUUGGGGAAAAUAAAAAAAGAAAAAAUAGGAAAAAAAGGAGAAGGAAAUAGUCGAAGAAAACCAAUAAAAAAUCGAGCUUUUCUCAGUAAAGGACUUUAUAAUUCCUCGAUCAUUUACGUUAAGGAGAGGCCCCCUCAGACAUUGCCCACUUCUUCACAGAUCAGGAGACGACAAGCAAAGGGAGAUCUUCGGUUUUGAAUUUUACAUUGAACCUUUUUGUGAAGUCGAGAAUAUUCACUGAAAGAUGGACAGGGUGGCAAGCAACAGGAUACUUGGUGCCUCUAAGUUGCGCUGCGAUAAUAAUGCGGCCGCUCAUCAGGUGAAAUUGGACAGUUUUCCAGCGGGAGUGAGGUUUGAUCCUAGUGAUGAAGAGCUCCUGGAACAUUUAGCAGCCAAAAUUGGUCGUAGCUCGAGAAAACCACAUCCUUUUCUUGACGAAUUUAUACAUACGCUGGUGGAGGAGGAUGGAAUCUGUCGGACCCAUCCUGAAAAUUUACCAGGGGUGAAGAAGGAUGGGAGCAGUUGUCAUUACUUUCAUCGACCUUCUAUGGCAUACACUACUGGUACACGCAAGAGACGAAAAAUUCAGACCGACGAUGUUCCAGACGGUGGUACUGACGUCCGUUGGCACAAAACAGGAAAAACUCGACCGGUGUCCCAGUGUGGAAAAAUUUUAGGGCACAAGAAAAUCAUGGUCUUGUACAGAGCCAUGGGUAAGAAAUCAAAGAACUUGAAGACCAACUGGGUCAUGCAUCAGUACCACUUGGGUUCUAAUGAGGAGGAGACAGAUGGAGAGCUUGUUGUGUGCAAAGUUUUCUUUCAGAAAGCUCCUCGGAGCUGUCCUAGUCGCAAAAUGGAGGUUUUAGCCGUGGAUGAUGAAGACUGCGAGCCGUCAGAAAGUGACAUAGGAUUUCAGGCGCCCGGAUUGAGCGGCUAUUCACCAUCUGUCUCAGUUGUGACAAGAGGAUUACCUCCGUUAUCCCCUUUAUCAUGCAAACCAUCACGCACUGCAAAGCAACUCUAUGCUGAGCCAACAGAGUCUAAUUCAGAGAUCUUUGAUCCUCAGCUUCUUGCGACUCAGUCCAAGCAGAAGGCUGUGUUCGCGAGAAGUCGUAUAAAUCAAUACAAUGACGAGGGUAUUGGUGAAGACAUAGGUGUGGACAUGAAUCAUAAAGCCACUGCUUGUGUUGUGUACAAACCUGGAGGAUCACUUGUACAAACAAUGAGAGCUGCCGUUUAUGCAGACAAUCAAGACACACACAUCAACGGAGGACUAUCUGGGCAUCUGUCCCGUGAAGGAGAAGACGAGUCCUUUCAAGCGGUGAACCUGGAUGAAGAAGGAUCUUGGGGGCUUGAUCAGGUUAUGGAAGCAGAGCACAUCGAGCAGGAUCCUUCUAUCAUGGGACUUCUAUGUGACGAACAUCUCGACGGUGACCCCUUGGCAGAGGAUGCAAAUUACGAAGAUUUCAACUUCCGAAGCCUUUCGUACGAUGUUGGUUGCAGCGUGGAGGAAGAGCUCUUCAGAGUUCUCACAGGGGUUGAGCGAAGUGUCGUUGAUCCUGCAUUAGAUGCUCUCGAGCUGGACACUCCUCCAGACAUGUUAGAGUACCCUGUUGUGACCUCACAGGAAGUGAAGGAUUGGCUUGGAAAACAUCCCAUCCUUGGUCUUGAUAAUACUGACAGCCAAUCGACCACCUAAACAAUUGGGGGUCGUUGCCAACUUUACACUGUACUGCAGCAUCUAUUGGAUGAAGUUAGGUCCGUGUUGGAAUGCCUUUCCGGAUUCGAGUUUCUUCGACACCAUGUCAGGCUUGCAGAACUGAGGAGUUCGUGCGCGUUCUUUUGGUUGGAUUUCACCACAAAAUCUCGUUGAAGUGAAAAAUAUAGUGAAAAAAGUGACUUAAAGUUUACUGAUUUUUUUGCAUUUUCAUUUCAUCUCUCAACGUAGAUAUGUAUAAGAAACAUCGGUAAUAGUUGUAAUAUUUAUUGCAGAAGAGGAGUUUGCAUGUAGUUGAAUUGGUUUUUGCCACGUGGAACUUCUGAGUGUGGUUAAGGCGGUUAUUGUAAGUCGUAGGGAAGUAGUGCAGGUCGAGUAACAUAUUGCUUUGAAUUUCAUUCAAAAAAGCAGAAGUCCACUAACAUGGAUGUAUCAACCUUGGAGAUUAUUGAGGAGUAUUUGUAUAUAAGAAUUUGAAUUUUUAAGUUGAACCUUUCGUCGCAGCAAUAAGGAGAUAAGGUAUGGACAUGCAUAAAGAUGUAAUCGAUUUCUAUGUAAUUCAAUAUCUCUACGAACAA